AUGUCUCUGCCUUACCAGAAAGUCCUAUUAGUCGGAGCGACCUCGGGAAUCGGUGCAGCUCUAGCGGACAAACUUGUCGAGAAUGGCACUUUCGUCAUCGCUGCCGGUAGAAGAAAGGAGAACCUCGACAAGUUCGUUGCGAAGCACGGCGCGAACAAGGCUGCGGCAGCUGUCGUGGAUAUCCUCAAAUUGGAGUCGAUUCCGGAGUUUGCUUCGUCCAUAAUCAAUGAGCACCCUGAUCUUGAUUGUGUAUUUCUGAACGCCGGAGUUCAGCGAGGUAUCGAUUUCACCAAGCCUGAAAACGUCAGUUUGGACAUCAUUUAUGAUGAGCUUCUCGCAAAUUACCUCUCCCAUGUCCACUUGACCAAGGCCUUCCUCCCCCAUCUUUCAAAGCAAGACAAGCAGACCGCCUUACUUUACACCACAUCUCAGCUCGGCCUCAUUCCGAUGAAGCGGUGCCCCAACUACAGUGGCUCCAAGGCUGCUAUGCACGGCUUUAUUCUCGCACUCAGAUCCCAGCUCAAGGAUGCGUCUUCAAGGGUCAAGAUUGUUGAAGUUUACCCGCCUGCAGUACAGACGGAACUGCACGAUGCCAAGAAUCAGCCGGACUUGAAGAACGGCCAUGCUAUUGGCAUGCCGGUAGACGAAUUCGCCGAUGAAGUCUACCAGAGAUGGGUCAACGGAGAGGAACAGAUCCCAGUGGGAACCGCGAAACCCAUGUUUGACGCGUUUGAGAAUAAGAGACAGGAUUAUUAUGAGAGCUUUAACGCCGAGAUGGACAAGGUGUUGGUAGAUUUUACCGUUUGA